CAAUGGGAAGUGGGAUCCAUCAUGGAAUGUAACCAAUUCUUAAUUAUAAGUUUUUUUUUGUUGGUUUUAAGAAUAAAAUUUAUGUUCCCUUACUGAAAGUUGGCGAAAUGAUAUCUUUGCAGGAUUUUAGAGGAAGCCAACAACCGCCAAAGGCAAACAAAAGUCAUAUCAGAUAUGCAGUACGUCAAAAACGUGCAGAGUCAAAAAAAGCUUUGAAAGAUUUGCUCUUUUAUGGUGGUGCCCUGAAUAACUAUCUUGAGGGAAAAUUUCACGAGGAGCAUGUGAAAUGGGAUAUAGAGGAUGAUGACCCUUUUGACAAGAAAUGUAAACUCAAGACUUCAGCUCGUAGUAGAACUCGCUUGAGGAGAAGGCAACGCAAACUAAAGAAACACUGGUUAAAUGAAGAAGAUUAUGAAGAUGAACAUCCAGAGAAAAUAUUUCAAGCAACCUUUGGUGAAAAAUCAUACACCUGGUCCUUUAAGCCUUGGAAGGAAUUUUCGUAUGAAAGUAAACGAACUCAAAUUCACCAUGAAGAAGAAACUGAAUGGAAUGGCAGACAGCAAAAUAAGCACAAUAGAUCUGACACCAAUCACAACCACAGUGAGUCUUAUAUUGUAGGAUCAUACUCCGAAAGAUCAAUCCUUGGUCUUCCGGUCAGGGGCCCAUUGAAGAUCGAGGAAGUCAAGAAUGCUUUUCGACUCUCAGCUUUGAAGUGGCAUCCUGAUAAGCACCAAGGUUCUUCACAGGCAGCAGCAGAAGAGAAAUUCAAGUGUUGUGUUGCAGCAUACAACUCACUGUGCAAUGCCCUCUCCCCAGCAUAACCCCACCCCACCCCUCAUAUAUCCCGUUUGAUUUGUUCACAUUAUUUUCAAAGUGUAGCUUUAGGAUAGGGAAACAUUCAGUAUGAAAGUUCAUUAUGGAUGCUGAUGAGGAACAGGGGGUGGUGGAUAAUGAAAUAGAUGGAGAGGUGGAAUUAAGGGCUGAAAAGGAUGGUGCAAGCAUUGAAAAAGGCCUUACAAGAAGAAUAUUUAUGUGAGGUUAAAACGGUGUGGACUUUCUUAUAAUGCCCCUCCACACUACCUUACCCGUCUUUCAUCUGUCCACCACCGUCGACACCCUUUACCGUUGUCAACUUUCCUCCUUCAACUCUCUAUCCCACCGCCGCCUACCUCUCUCGCUCUCGAUGACUUGGCAGAGAUUUUAAAGCAGCAAAUAAGUGAGUUUAGUUUAAACCAUGACAUCCAAUUGGCUAAGUGAAUUUAGUUAUUUAUGUUCUACUCUUAUUUUAUUUUAUUUUUCCCAUAUAGAACUCCUUUAUUCCUAGUGUGCCUCUUUUUUUUCAAAAAAAUUACAGUUCUACAUGGGUAAAUGGAGAAUUAUUAAGCCCUAUGUAAAAUAAUUUCAUCUAAAAAGGUAUAUGGAGUAGUAAUUUGAGAUCAUGUUCAAUUCGUUUGGAUAUAGAUUUUUA